AUGGAAGCCGGGCCUUCUACCAACGUACCCGAUGGCUUCGUGACGGCUGCUCAAUACAAUGAGCUACUCUUGAAGCAUGAAGCUCUUCAGAAAACCUAUCAACAAUACAGAAAGGAUGCUGAAGCUCGUGCCUCCAAGGCUGCCCAAAAGAUACGCGAGGCAAAGGAGACUGUCCGCAAAUGGAAAGAGUACAUCGACAAGAAAUUAGCAAAGCAGGCUUUGCGAGAGGCCAAUCGCGACUUCGAAAACCAGGACUUUGCAACUCCUCGCGCUGUCCAAUCCAACUUGGAAAACAUUGAGGAUGCUCUUGCCUUGCCCAAUCCGGCCCUUGAAGUUGUUAGAACCACAUCCGUCGCGGUAUCGCAUUCUCCAGCCCAUAGCAGAAUUACCUCAAGUCAGACCACUGAGGGUGAGGCUGCUCGUUCCAGUUCUCUGGCCCACUCCGACGACACGCCUGUUGUUGUCUCCGCAAAGGCCCUGAAAAGGAAACGAAGUUCUCCGAAGAAAGAUUCGCAAGCUUACAAAGUCAAGAAUGAGCUCUUGAGUAGCAGCCCUCACAACUCACGCACUCCUGUGCCAACUCUUUUGCGAGCAGAGACUUCGGAUCUGGACGUCUAUCGUGACCCUCAUCCGCUGCCAAAGCUGAAUUUCGAAAGGCAUCCCCUCAGUCGGGCACCAUUAAGACAGUCAGUGGAUCAGGAUUCAGAAACCAUAGGACGGCAAUUUGAACACCUUGAAACUCCAACAGCAAAUCGUCCCUCAAGGUUUCGCUCACCCAACGGCGCAAACAUAGAUGUUAACGAAGACGAUGCUCAGCUUUCCGAUAGUACGGUCAAGACUGUGAAAACAGAGCCUGGCAUCAGUGUUGCAUCGGCAAGGAGAGAAAACAUGUUGGUCAGAACUGUCAGCGAAAGCGUCGGGCCCCAGGAGUCGCGUCCUCAAAGUGGUCCGUUGCAUGAUCUGAGUCCCAACACUCCCACUCUGCCCCGGACGAGUGCUGCUCCUGUGACUUCCGGCAAAAAGCUUGACCAUAGUAGGGGAGCUGAUGCUGUGCAUGUGCUAUCAGAAGACGGUGACAAUACUAGACGUGGAUUUAAGAAACCACGCAUCGACGAUGCUACACCCAAGACCUUCGGCACGGGACGACUGAACGGACUUCUCGAAGGGACUUCACCUCAAGUUGAUAGAACGAUCUUGAGCCCUCGUUCCGCACCAACGAUUCGACGACAGCGCGAAUGGCUGGACAACACCGUUUCAAAGGAGUUGGAGAAGCAUACAGUUUCAAAGUCUGUGGAGAGGCCUGCCAGCCGCAUCACCAGAACUGUCCGAGACAAGCCAGCUGCUCGCCCCGCUAUUGUAAGGUACAAUCCGAAAGACGACCCAGGCCCCAUCGAACCUGAGCAUGAACCUCUGCGUGCCCGACCCCUUCAUCGACUGAACCUUGACGACUUCAGAGUCAACCCCAAAACGCAUGGACAACUCGGAUAUGCCUUCCGCGAGAGCAUCCGCAAGCGCGAGGAAAAGAAGUGUCUACCUGGUUGUACGAGAGAUGAGUGCUGCGGUGCGAUUCGACGCUUCAUUGCCGCAGGCGGCUUGCCACAAGACACUUCACUUACCGAUGAUGAGUUGACACUGCAAGGAUAUUUGGGUUCGGGAUAUGCGUCGGCAAUACACAGUGCGAGCGCACAAAAGAGACAAGAGAUGCUGUUAGAAGCGAGAGCCAAGGCUUUUGCGGACCUACAUGGAAAGCACAGAGAACUUUUUCAGAGGAACAGGUCACCUCCAGGGUUCUGGCGUACUGAGAUGCCAACAACACAAGAGUUGGAGGAAGAUUGGGAGGAAGCUAGGAAGAUGGACCGACAGAAGGUGGAGGAGAGAUGGAGAGAGGCUAUGAGGGGUGGUCGCUACAUCUUUAGAGAUGAAAGCUGA